ACCAGCUACUGACCAUGUCAACAGAGUUCCAGGAUGCUCACCUUGCAGAGGUGAAACCUCUGGUGGAGAAGGAGGAGGCCAUCACUCGCCUCCUUCCAGACUUUGAUGUUCAGGAGCAAGAUGUGGAGACUGUGCACGGCUCGGUCCGUGUCACCAUGUGCGGGACUCCCAAAGGGAACCGGCCAGCUAUCCUCACCUACCAUGACAUCGGGCUGAAUCACAAAACUUGCUUCAAUCCUCUCUUCAACUUUGAGGAUAUGCAGGAAAUCACCCAGCACUUUGCAGUCUGCCAUGUGGAUGCACCUGGUCAGCAGGAUGGAGCACCGUCUUUCCAAGCUGGGUACGUGUAUCCCUCCAUGGAUCAGCUGGCCGAAAUGAUUCCCGGAAUCCUGAAACAGUUUGGGCUGAAGACCAUUAUAGGAAUGGGAACUGGGGCCGGUGCCUACAUCUUAACCAGAUUUGCUUUAAACCACGCGGAGAUGGUGGAGGGAUUAGUUCUCAUUAAUGUAAACCCUUGUGCUGAAGGUUGGAUGGACUGGGCAGCAACUAAGAUUUCAGGUUGGACAAAUGCUUUACCAGACAUGGUCAUUUCACAUCUUUUUGGAAAGGAAGAGAUUCACAGCAACCAUGACCUGAUCCGUCAUUACCGUCAGCAUAUUAUUAAUGAUAUGAAUCAAACCAACCUUCAUCUCUUUGUCAACUCUUACAACAGUCGGCGAGACCUAGAGAUUGAGCGCCCUGUUCCUGGAAUAAAUGUUGUCACCCUUCAAUGCCCCGUCCUGCUGGUGGUUGGCGACAGUUCCCCGGCGGUGGACGCCGUGGUUGAAUGCAACUCAAAGCUGGACCCAACAAGGACCACGCUUCUGAAGAUGGCUGACUGCGGUGGGCUCCCUCAAGUUUCCCAGCCUGCCAAGCUUGCAGAAGCUUUCAAAUACUUUGUUCAGGGAAUGGGAUACAUCCCCUCUGCUAGCAUGACCAGGCUGAUGAGGUCCCGCACCGCUUCUGGCUCCAGCGUAACCUCUUUGGAAGGCACGAGGAGCCGGUCUCACACCGGGGAGGGAACGAGGAGCCGAUCCCACACCGGGGACGGUGCCAGGAACCGCUCCCACACAGACACGCGCAUCGAGCUGACACCGAACUCGGCAAGCAACGCUGAACAAUCAAGCCCCAAGUCCAUGGAAGUGUCCUGUUAGAUGGCUGUGGGAGGUUUAAACUGGUCACAGUGUGAAAAAGUAAUGGAUGCCCCCCGUGUCUCGCAAAAACAUAACUGGUAUUAAUCUCAAGCUAUUCUGUAGGAUGAACUCUGUUCACCAGGGUCUGACAGGGACCAAAGAAAAGAAGCAUCUCAUUUGCUCUGUCGUUAUUCUUGUAACUCAGACAGUUGCUGCUAUUGUGCCCUCCUUCAAUGGAUGCCAAAUUCUAAAGGAUACUUGCCAAAAGCUGAUGUGGUUGUAAACACUUCACAGUCAAACCAGACUUGCUUAAAAUCCUCCUUUAAAAUCAAAGCUGUUACAUGCCCCUUUAUCUCUUAUUCUCUUGAAGUAAACUGGCACAAUUUGAGACGAGUUUCAAAGAGGGGGAGAAAAAAAUCACUAUUAUGGAUGGCUUUUAAAGAAGGAAACGAAACAAAUGUGUUAUAGCCUCAUGUUGAAGCUGGAGUCGAAUUCAUUGUAUA